UGGAGCCCUCACUUGUGCCUUGCAGGGUAGUGACAGCAACUGCUUCCUGCUUCCAUUGGACACACCUCAGGUGUGGUUUUCUCUCAUUUCCCUUGAGUGUAGCCUUCUCCCCUCCAGCUCAGAGCUAGUGGGGUCGAGGGCAGCAGUACAGGGAGAAGAGCUAGUUCACGGCCAGUGAACAGCAGUGAGGAACAGGAAGAGAGGGACGAUGAAAUGAGCACAUGUGCCUCCUCGCUCAGCAUCACUGUGUCCAUAAUGUGCUUUUUUGUAUUGAAUACCCUUCUUGGAAAGGUGGUAUGAAGAAAUUAAGUCAAGUUUGUAAGUGACGUGUCUUCAGUGCCCCCCCGCACCCCCCCCCCCCCCGUUUCUCUUCUUAUGCCUUUUAGCACCUGUCCUCUCCCUGGCAUUGCUAAACUAUCGAGAGGCCUCCAAUAGGUGGAAGGCAGAAUCUGCUCAGACCUGGACUGGUGUCUGUUUCCCUUCCAGUAUGAUACGCAUCUCAAGACACUCCCAAGAGGAGAAAUUGUACAUCUGAAAGCAAUACGCCCCAUGACCAAGAAGAGAGUGCUGGGCUCACCAGGUUAUUAGGCCCCUGCAAGUUCUUUGGGAGCUGGUCAGGAUUUCAAGCUAAAGAUGGUGAUGAUGAGCCGCCUGAGGGCUAUUCUUCAGGCCUCCCCAUGCAAGUCACUGUGGAGAGGGAUCCAGAUUCCGAGGUCCAUGCCGGUGAGGCCCUGCAGCCUCUACACCUGCACUUACAAAACCCGGAACCGAGCCUUGCACCCUCUCUGGGAGAGCAUGGACCUGGUCCCAGGGGGCGAGCGCCAGUCACCCAUCAAUAUCCGGUGGAGGGACAGUGUCUACGAUCCUGACUUAAAACCACUUACCAUCUCUUAUGACCCAACUACCUGCCUCCACAUCUGGAAUAACGGGUACUCUUUCCUCGUGGAAUUUGAAGAUUCUACAGAUAAAUCAGUGAUCGAAGGAGGACCCCUGGAACACAACUACCGAUUGAAGCAGUUCCAUUUUCACUGGGGGGCCAUUGAUGCCUGGGGCUCUGAGCAUACCGUGGACAGCAAAUGUUACCCAGCAGAGCUGCACUUAGUGCAUUGGAAUGCAGUCAAAUUUGAAAAUUUUGAGGAUGCAGCACUGGAAGAAAAUGGUUUGGCUGUGAUAGGAGUAUUUUUAAAGCUAGGCAAACAUCAUAAAGAGCUCCAGAAACUGGUUGAUAUUUUGCCAUCAAUUAAGCAUAAGGACACACUGGUGGAAUUUGGGUCAUUCGACCCUUCCUGCUUGAUGCCCACCUGCCCAGAUUACUGGACCUACUCAGGAUCCCUGACUACCCCACCACUCUCUGAGUCUGUCACCUGGAUCAUUAAGAAGCAGCCUGUAGAGGUUGAUCAUGAUCAGCUUGAGCAAUUUCGGACCCUGCUCUUCACUUCCGAGGGCGAGAAAGAGCAAAGAAUGGUGGACAACUUCCGCCCCCUUCAGCCCCUAAUGAAUCGCACUGUCCGCUCAUCCUUCCGUCACGACUAUGUGCUGAAUAUACAAACAAAUAAACAAAACCCAAACCAUCCACCAGCCAAGUGAGCCCCUAAGACACCAUUAUCUAGGUGGUGUCUUGCUUAAAUACAUACUAGUUCUUUAAAAAUUGUUAAUUAGACUCCUCUAAAUGCCAGCAUUUAAUAAUUAUAGAUGUGCCUUUCUUGGUAUGGCAGUGCUCCUUAGUCUUUGAGGGAAGCUCUUUGCUAAACAAAUUCUUACUUUUAUUGAUAAUGAUAUUUACCACUGAAGUACCAGCAAAAGACACAAUUUUCUCUUACAGCAAUCUGUUGGUAAUUGUCAUGUCUUUUUAUGUCUGACAUUUUUGAGCUGUCUUUUUAUGUUCAUCAAUUGUUGGUUCUAUAGAAUUGUAAGUAGGGGUGAUAGAUAAUAAAAAUAUUUAACAACCGAUAAGGCACAGACACUGACCAUCCAGAAUGCAGGCUUUUCAGAAACAGCCACAGGGCCAAGAUUGGUACUUCUUGGCUGAACAUUGACAAUGGUUUUAGGUAUAUCUUAUUUUAAAACAUGAAUGUGUAAUCUUUUACAAGGCCUUCUCAAUGGGUAUCUUUGCCUUAAUCUUUAGUUGUCAUUACUAAUAAGUGAUAUGAUUACUUACUUACUAUCAAAUUAUAAUAAUAGAAAAAAUAUUUUGUAAUUCCUAAGAAAACAAGGAUUUACUUGUAUCCAGAAAUCCUUUUGCAUUUCUGAAUAUCAGAUGUUUUAUUUAAGGCUUGAUCAUAUAAAAAGCAUAUGCAGAGUAUUUUAAAGCAAAUUAAGUGCCUAGAACUUAAAAUCCUUUUAUGAUCUGUUUACAGAAGUAUUUUUCAAAGACUAAUAAUAAUAAUAGUAUAUAAUAUGGUUUAUAGUAUUAAUUUGCAUUGUUUGUACACUGUUUCAUAGAAUACAAUAAUAUUUUCCACAAUGACAGAACUAUCUUGACUUCUCUUUAAAACUGUUGGAACUUUAUUUCAUUAGUUGAGGUUCCAUGCAAUGCAGGUGAUCAACAUAAAUCUCAUUUCUACAGUGGUUUAGAAGAGUUUUGCUAUAGUAAUAGGGAGAGAAACUUGUAAGAUAGGCUAAAAUUUAGAAAAUUUUACACAUACUGAGGAAUCCAUGCCACUGUUGCCCUUGCUUAUAAGUACUUGGAACAUUUCUAACUGUCUAUAAGCCUGUGUCCAAAUUCAAUAUUGCAUUUACUAGUAUAUUUCUUUCAUUAAUAUGCUAGUCAUCUGACCUGCAAGAUAGGGUUGGAUGAAUAUAUUUAACACUACAGAACUAUACACUGGAAAGGGUUAAGACAGUAAAUUUUUUUAAUAUGUACUUUACCACAAUUAAAAAUAACUAAUAAAUUCAGUAGAAAAAAUAGGGUUGGAGUGUAUGUGUAAGUUUGGGGGCAUAUCUCUCAUCUUUAAAAAGGGAGGGCAUGAAAACAUUGCUUCUAGAGUGCAUGCCUUCUCUGGAAAUGGAAAGCACAUAUGCCCUAGGAAAUGAAUAAAAUUCUUUAAAAGAUUAAUAUGGGGGAAAAGUUAUGUUAGCUUUAUAUAAUUUAUCUGUUUCAAACCACAGUUAUCUUUAAAAGGUAAACACACAAGAUAUGCAUUUUCCAGGGCACAAAGGCUUCCCUCCUAGGCCUCUUGCAAAUUGUUAGUGCAAAAUUCUAUUGCAGUGAGUCUUCCAAAUUGGAGUGAGAACCAACUCACAGAAUGCCCGACUUGCCCUUGUAUCUUAGAGAUAUAAAGGGUGUAUUCAUAAGGUGUAUCCCGGUUUGCCACUCCUGAUUUACUUACAUCUGGUGUUCUGGUGUAGUUAUUAACAGCACCUGCUUUCACUCCAACCAUGUCCUGGUUUGCCUGAUGAAUUCUUGGUCACCUUCUCUGGAUAGGUUAUGGAAACUGCCUUGGGGAUGUGGUUUCUUUCAUGCCUUAGUCAGAUGACCCCCAACGGGGUGUAAACUCCCUGGCUACUGAUACACCCUAACGAGAAGCUUUUUAUGUCUUUUAUGCCUGCCAAAGUGUUUUACUUGUACCUUCCUAGACAUGAAGGGGGAAACUGAGCUUGAGGUCUGUCAGAGGGCUUGAGAAAGAAUUUUGUAUUAAAAUUGCUGCUCAUCUUCAUUAAAUAAUAUAAUAAAACCCUUUGUUUGCACUAUUAA